CACAGCACUGUCAAUGGCUCCAAAAAAGCCUAAAAAAAGAGCUUUUUUGGUCACUUUUCUUCAUUCCAGAUCCCUUGCCCACCACAGUUUUACCUGCUCGAAGCUAGUCUCUGUAGCAAAUGAAGCAAAUGGCUGAUGACUCAUGGAAGAAAUUUGAGAAGAAUGGUGAAAAGAAUUACAAAUAGCAUGAUAUCUGGCUUGAUACCGGAGACUCCUUACUAACAGCAAAAGUCUCUUGAUCCCUCCUUUCAGAGCACAUGGAACAGUCGGUUACUAGUUUGCAGCGGGCCAAACAUCACCAGAAUUGUUUGAAAAAAAACUUGUCUUGACUUCUUCCCCUGGCAGAAUUGAUAGCGUCCUUAUGACUCAAGAUAAUGUCUCUUAAAAAGCUGGUCCAAACUUCAGCACUUCCAUGAAGGAGAAAGCACACUCACUAAGCCAAUUACACAGAAGAGAUGGUUCUGCUGGUGGCAAUAUCAGAGGUGCUGUUGCUUCUGGGAUUGGCAGUGGAGUCAGAUUCUCUCUGCACACCCACCAUGUUUUACAAGAACUGCUGGAUCCGACGCUUUCCUGGUCUUCUGAUCGACCUGCAGGAAUCAGAGAAGAGAGGAGCCCAGGUGCUGAAGAUUUACACAGAAGUCUCCUCCCAGCAGUGCAGCAGAACCUGCUGCCUUCAGAGGAAUGUUUCCUGUAAUCUAGCAGUGUUCUACCAUGGAGCUACUAAUGAAAAUAUGAAUUGCUUGCACGUGUCUUGCCCAGCACUGGAAAGUUGCAUACUAAAGGCUAGAAUCAACGUUGUUUUGUACAACAUCACAACAGGGAUUGAUCCAGACCUUCUUAUUUUUGAAAGACUGAAAUUCAAGGGGCCAAGUACUUACACCUCACAGAAUAAAUACGAAAGGCAAAACAGCACAAAGACCUCUGAGUGGGAAAGAUGCCAGCAUAGUAAUGUUACGUCAAGUUCACUUCUACUCCAAGCUCCAUCUUCUACCAUCACCUCCAGCACAAGCCUGAUGGCUGUAAAAACAAAAGGCAGCACAUAUUCCAGGGAAUCAACUUCUCUGCUGGAUAACCAUUUGGCUAAGAGGACAAGCACAACUUCAGGAAAUACUAGACUAUUCACUGGCUCAGACAGAAGGACUAUACACUCAACUUUGAUACCUAAAUCUGCAGAGGUGUUAUCCCGCAUGCCCACUCCUCCUCAUCUGAACAGCAGCAAACAACACUUAAAUGAAACCAAAGGUUACAGUGGCAGGAAUUAUACUUCAGACAAUGAAGCUCCUGUUUGGGAAGCUGCAGCUCUGGGUGUCUGGCUGAUUCCUGUUAUUCUCUGCUCUUAUCUCAUCUUCCUUUGCUUUUGUACUGUGGCUCCUGGAGCAGGGUGCUGCAGAAGUAGGAAAGGUCACUACCAACCCAUACAGAGAGGAAGAACAAUGUCUAGGCAAAUAAAAUACGCUACUGUCCAAGGUGGCCUGUAAAAUACAGUCACCACCCUUGUUGUGGAACAAACAGCUUUUUUAAAAUGAAUUGUAUUUCCUGGCCUGAUUCUUUUACAGAACAAAGAGUAAGUUUCAGAAUCAUUCAGCUAUAAUUUCACUCUCAACAAUUAAACAUAUUUCCACUGUCUCUUUGGGUAAGAAUUGCACACUCACAGGUCUCAUUACAUGUUCAAAUCUGUUUGAGCAUAUUUUGGUACAAAAUCUGACUCAGAAUAACGCCUAACAAAAACAAUACGCUUACCCUAAUUUAAGAGAGAAGAUUCACUGCAGCUUACGUGACCUCUGCCCUGACUUUGACCAGCCUUAGUAAAACUGAUUUAAAUGUUAUAAUAUCAUAAAAGAUUUAAUGAUAGCAUUUAUUUAAUUGCCCCAGAUCUAGUUGUUUUCAUAAAAACUGUAUUCAUUUUUUCCUGUUAAAUUCUAGAUUGUUUUUUACGAUAUACUCCUAAUACUGGAAUAAAACAAUUUAACACGCACUGUUUACUUCCUCAAAGAAAAAUGCCCAUUAAUAAUGUAAGGCUCCAAAACUUCCAUUAACUCAAACAUCUGAUCAUCCAAUUAUUUAUGCUUUGCUUUCACUUCAAUCUUCUCACAAUAACUUGAAAUGUUUCUGAAGCCCUCCUAGACUAGUACCACUACCUCCUACUACCAUUAGAAUUCUUUUUAAAACUUAAUUGCUGUGUGAUGCACUGACAGAUCCACUCUACUACUACUAAGGAAAGCACAAAUGCAACCACCAACUGUUCAUGAAUUGCAGUUAUGGUCAAUUUGUACUGUCCACCUUCACUUGCUUUAUUAUGCCCACACAUAUUUAUCAUUUACAUCAUUUGCUUUUUUUAAUACGGACAUUUAAUGUACAUUGCACAGAGAUAUACAAAAGAUUUUUAAAGCUUUAGAAGUUAGAAUUAUAAUUAAAAACAAACUUUUUGUUUCUUCAUCCUGUGUACUCUCUUCAUAAAACUGCUACUCCUGAACAUAAAUCAAAUGACUACAUCAACAAGAUGUUUCCUUGACUUACCUUGCUCAGGCGCAUUGCUUAGGAAAGCAAACAUUUUCAGCAGUAGUCAGGAUUGUUCUUUCUCUUUUAUAUUUGUUGAU